CUUUCUGUUCCUAUCACUUUCUUCAGACUCAUCAGCUUCGGAGUCAUUAUAGAGAGGACCGUGAAGAACAUCAUGACUCACACCAACCGUACCAUCUUCCACCCUGAAGUUUUUGUCCUACUUGGCAUCCCUGGAUUGGAAGCUUAUCACAUUUGGUUGUCAGUACCCCUUUGCCUCAUGUAUAUCACUGCAGUCCUUGGGAACAGUAUCCUGAUAAUGGUCAUCAUCACAGAACGUAAUCUUCACGAGCCUAUGUAUUUCUUUCUGUCCAUGUUGGCCAUCACAGACAUUAUGCUGUCUACUACUACUGUGCCCAAGGCCCUAGCCAUCUUUUGGCUCCAUGCCCAUGACAUUGCCUUUCAUGCCUGUGUCACCCAAGUCUUCUUUGUUCACAUGAUGUUUGUUGGCGAGUCGGCCAUCCUGUUAGCCAUGGCCUUUGACCGCUUUGUGGCCAUUUGUGCCCCACUGCGAUAUACAGCAGUGCUAACAUGGCCUGUCGUGGGAAGGAUUGCUCUGGCUAUUGUCACCCGAAGUUUCUGCAUCAUCUUCCCAGUGAUCUUCUUGCUGAAGCGGCUGCCCUUCUGCCGAACCAACAUCGUCCCCCAUUCCUACUGUGAGCAUAUUGGAGUGGCCCGCUUAGCCUGUGCUGACAUCACUGUUAACAUCUGGUAUGGCUUCUCAGUGCCCAUUGUCAUGGUCAUCUUGGAUGUGAUUCUCAUUGCUGUGUCUUACUUUCUGAUCCUCCAGGCAGUGUUUCAUUUACCCUCCCAGGAUGCUCGGCAAAAGGCCCUCAGCACUUGUGGCUCCCAUCUCUGUGUCAUCCUCAUGUUUUAUGUUCCUUCCUUCUUUACUUUGUUGACCCAUCGCUUUGGGCAUAACAUUCCUCGACAUGUUCAUAUCCUGCUGGCCAAUCUUUAUGUGGUGGUGCCACCAAUGCUCAACCCCAUUGUCUAUGGUGUGAAGACUAAGCAGAUCCGGGACAGUAUAGCCCACCGGUUCUUUGACAUCAAGACUUGGUGCUGUUCCUCCCCUCUGGGAAUUUCCACACCUCACUUUUGUCAAGGAAGCUAG